CUCAGGCCUGCAAAAUCGAAUGAGGCAUCGCUUUUGACAGUCCAAUCGAGAAAUUUCUUCCGUUUCCACGGCGCCAUAGCAGUCGUCCGUAGCGGUUCUCAUUUCAUCCAGAACUUUCUCAGCGAAAAGUCAGAGCACAGUUCUCAUGGCCAGCGAACGGAGUUUCCCUGACAGCUUCAUAGAUGAGGAUCCCAAGAAAGCUCUUGAGGAGCUGAACGCUGCACUGGAGCAGACGUCUGACAAUGCAGAAUGGUUCUGCCAACGAGCAUAUGCUCAUAUUUUACUCAAAAACUACAGCAGUGCUGUUGAUGAUGCCAAGAAGGCCUUGGAGCUGAGGCCUGGUUAUGCCCUUGCCUUCAUGAGAACAGGAGUUGCUGAAUACCAUCUGAACAACUUGGAGUUGUCACAUGAGGCCUUUGUAGAAGGACAGAAGUUGGACGGGUCAGAAGGCGCGUUUGACAUCUGGAUCAAGCGCUGUGAGGAGAGGAUGCAGGUGGGGAGUCAAAAUGGAACAUCAGAAAGUGCGGCUACACCACGGGUAAAGCAUGACUGGUACCAGACAGAAUCUCAAGUCAUCAUCACGGUAAUGGUGAAGAACGCCAAGAAGGAGGACGUCAGCAUCAAGUUUGAAGAGAAAGAGGUGACGGCCGUGGUAAAGCUGCCUUCAGGAGAAGACUGGUGUUUGAAGGUCCACCUCCUGCAUCCUGUGGUUCCUCGACAGAGCACCUUCAAAAUCCUCUCCACCAAGGUGGAGAUCAAGCUGAAGAAGACGGAGGCGAUUAGGUGGGAGAAGCUGGAGGGGGAGGGGACCCAGUCCAACGUCAAACACUUCACUCCAAAUCAGUACCCCUCGUCCUCCCAUUACACUCGUAACUGGGACAAGGUGGUCGGCGACAUUAAGGAGGAGGAGAAGAACGAGAAGCUGGAGGGAGACGCGGCGCUGAACAAGCUGUUCCAGCAGAUCUACUCCGACGGCUCCGACGAAGUCAAACGCGCCAUGAACAAGUCCUUUAUGGAGUCCGGCGGAACGGUGCUGAGCACCAACUGGCAGGACGUGGGGAAGAGGAAGGUGGACGUGAGCCCCCCGGACGACGCCGAGUGGAAGAAGUUCUGAGCACCUCCGGACGAGACAGACAUCAGAGAUCCGGAUCUUUUACUCCUGCCUUUUCCUUCUUCACCCACACCGCCGUCUGUUUGCUUUAGAAUACACCGGAGUCGUUCCCGACCCUCUUUUUCACUCUAUUGGCAUGUUAUAGCGGCAUCCUGAAUUUCCACCUCUAAAAUAAAGGGUCACCAGGAGACUGCGUCAUUUCUAAAAGGCAUUUAUUUGUAAAUUAAACAGAUCUAUAAUCUUUAGGAAGGGUAACCUGUUUUGCACAUCACCUUUUUGUAAAUCCAGCAGGAUUUUGGAAUACUUCAGAGUUGUGUAUUUUCCCUCUUUCCUCCUACAUCUGAAAUAACAUGCAUUAUGGGGCAUUUUGGUCAUCUCUGUGUCGUGUGCAAAGGGUUAGUCUUUCUUAAAUCUAUUAUAAACAAAAUGUAAAUAAAAUUUCUUUGGCCUGAC